AUGGACUCAAUUCUUAGACAACGCCAGAUAUUUCUCGAGCAAUUGGGCUACCUGAUCUUGGAGUACGGCCUAGAUCAGGAGUCACUAGACACGGACUUCUUGGGAGUUCAAUUGUUACUCAUCUCGGAAGGGUUGGGAACAGUGAAUCUCGAGGCCCUCGCUAACGAUGACAUACUAGAGUUGAACAAGGUGAUUGAGAAGCUGGUGUCAAUCACAAAGAUUGCAUAUAUUCCACUCUCCUUAGGCAGCAAAGUUCAAACCGAUCUACUGCGCAACAAUCUGGCCGAGUAUUUAAAGUCUUUGGACCACAAUGAGUGCCAAGAGCUCUCGAAAACUUGUGAGGGUCUCGUCAAGGCCCUACAGAUGCACGAGAGCAUGCAAGACAUAUUGGCCAAUCCACCUAAGAGUGAGAAGAUAGAGUACCCAAUGUCUGUAAAAAGGAAGCUGCUCUCAGGCCUGCGGAACGAUUCCAUCUGUGCGUCUUGUGUCGGACUCGAUGAGAGCCAAGGCAGUCCUCAACGGCAUUCGACACGACUAUUGUUGCAGCAAAAGCCACGCGAGGAUAACUGCGAUACCAUAAACUUCAAUGCUAUUAUUGCGCGAAUCCCCCAAGAGGGCUGGAAAGAUGUCGGCCUCAGCGUACCACUGGAGGACUCGGUCGAAUUAUCAGCGGGGAAUGAUUCUUGCAACAGUCCUAACUAUGGGCCAGAAUCAAAUCUAGGCCAAAUAGUGUUUUGUCCCAUCUUGAAAGAUAAUGAUGCUGCUCGUUCCCAUUUCGUUUUCCGUAACGGACAUUUCUCUCGCCUGCCCAAUGUCCAAGCCUUGGAGCAGCAACCUUGCCCAGGCUCUGGCAUUACCCUCACGGCCGUUCUACAACAAUAUACUCUUGAGCUUAAAGACAAGGUCAAACUGGCGCACACGAUAGCGCAAACACUGUGGCAGUUUUAUGAUACCGAGUUGCUAUACCGUAAAUGGGACAGCGACUGCAUCUUGUUCAUGCCCGAAGAGCACGAGGGCGUCCAACGAGUUCCAAUCAAGCCUUAUGUGUCGAUCCAGUUCGAGGCAUCUGAAGAAAAUACAGACGAGUACUUAUCUGAGGCCUUCCUCAUACAUCGAUACCCUCGGAUUCUCGCUUUCGCUAUCAUGCUAGUUGAGAUCGGGCUGGGGAAACCAUUACAGCUCGAGCAGUGCGAUAACCUCGUCGCUCAGUCCAAUACUGAUUUUGAGGCGGCUUUUCUAGGGCUGAAUGAUCUAAAGGAAACCCCUUGGGAGAAUUCCUUAGACAAGAGUGCUUUCAUAAAGGCGAUUGAAAACUGUCUUGAGUACAAAAACUUUGGACCGGUAGAUACCACCUCCGCGGCUGUCCCGAGUCCAGCAGGAAAUCAAGAUGGCCGAAACUCCUUGCAGAUUGACCACACACGUAGAGCUUUUUAUGACAAGGUUGUCUGGCCCUUACAAUGGCUCGCUGAAGUUGGGUUUCCUGGUGAUCAAAGUGGGAGUUACUUGCGCGAGAACCAGAGGUCACUGCAAGUCUCUCGUGCCUCGUCUACUCGGAAAGACCUCGAAGAAGAUAUACAGUUCCCACCGACAGAGUUCCAUGCAAGCAGAUAUAUCAAUCCAAAGGACUGGCUCAGAAACCUAAAAGCUAUCAAUAAGGAAAUACACCCGAAAUUGCAGAACUUAGUUGUUGAUGGACAGGGCGUCCGUGUUGGUGAAAGAGGCAUUCGCGUUGCCAUUUUGGACACAGGAUAUGAUCCAAAGGCUCCACUGCUAGUAGACAAGAGUGUUGCAAGACGCUUCAAAGGAUGGAAGGACUUCGUCUCUGGCUCGGAUGUACCAGUUGACUCCUUUGGCCACGGCACAUUCAUGGCGACCGUCCUCAUUCACUCCGCACCGAUAUCAGAAGUACACGUUGCCCGUGUAGCAGAAAACACAAACAAUCUAGACCAAUGCUCACAUCAAGUUGCAGAGGGCAUUCGAUGGGCGGCAUUCGAGCAAAACGCGGAUGUCAUCUCCAUGUCAUUCGGGUUCCCAGCCUCCGAUGUUGAGGCGUGCAAACGAAUCUCCGAAGCGAUCGAGGAGGUGGAGAUGAAACGAAAUGGACGAAUCAUCUUCCUCGCCAGUGCGGGCAAUUCAGGCGUCUACGAAGAUGAGACGUUCCCAGCGACACAUCAAUCUGUCAUCUCAAUUCGUGCUACUGACUGCUUUGGAAAAUUUAUGAAGACUCAUCCGAGAAAUAGUAGCGGUAAUAGUGUGGUAUUCGGCGCGGUUGGUGAUGAUAUACCGCCACAUCUACGAGAGUUUUACCCAGAAGUCUCUCUGCCAGGGACCUCGGCGGCGACGGCAGUUGCGGCUGACACUGCGGUCAUUAUGCUAGCCUAUGUGCUGAUCCUUCCUCAAUUAUUAAAGAUUGAGAUUCAAGAGCAUAAGUUGAAGCUGUUGUGGACGACGGAGGGAAUGAGGAGAAUGUUUAUGAAAAUGUCAGACGACAUGGGGCAACAGCAGAGGUUCUUAGACCCGGUCAAAUUUUUCUACGACAAGCCAGGUCCCUUUGACAGAUACUGUGCUAUAUACGAUUGCUUAUAG